UUUAUUGCCAUGAAUAGGUGGUAUUUACAGUCUGUAGUUGCUAUUUUUGUUCGGAAGUGCUUCUGCUGCUGGCUUUAAUUGCCACUGCAUGCUUCUCUAAUUUCCUGCCAGCCCUGCGUGAUGGCUGUGCCCCUCGUGCAUUUGCUGUCGUCCCCUCGUGCUCGCACCGCCGCUCGUACUGUUCCAGUUAGGUUACCGCCUAGAAAGCAGUGUCUGGCCGCACCCGUGGAUCCCCGGCAGUACCAAAGCUUGAAGGCAGCAAGUUCCGCAGCUGUGUCCCAGGGUCAACUUUAUUCAGGUACUUUUCGCUGCAGAGUUCCCUGGCAGUCCAUUCACUGCUGCGUUCCUUCUGCUACUUUGAGACUAAAUUGUGUUGAAUGCGAUGAUUGUCCCUGUCUGCUGCGUUCCCAUCUGCGCGCAGAAAUAGUGCUUGGAUGGCCACAGCUGGAAACCAACCCAACGGUGGUCCCUCGUUGCACCGAAGAGAGAGAUAUUCUAGGGUUUCUCUUGGGUUAUCAUUCAUACUCCGAGACUGGUCAUAGGAAAUAUGUAUCUUUUGUCCUGAUACGGUAAGCGAUAUAGUAUACAGACGCAGUUGAAGACCGACUCUCGAACUAUGUCGAAGUAAUUACAACAAUGCCUUUAUCUCACUGUAGCCCGGAAGAAGCAGGAGGAGCAUGAUACUAACGGUAGGAAGCAUGCUGCUGAAUGCCUUUCAAUGAUGUAGGCGCGACUCUAUCCUCCUCUGGACAAACCAACACUUGACUUCUGAGUUGUAUACUUCAAGCAAGAAGGAUCUGGGCCUACCUGAGACUUUAUCAAAGGCCUGAAUCUUCAUCACUGAAAUACCAGCAUAAUAA